CUUUCAGCUGAAAAACACCUCUUGCUGCAGCAAGCUAGCUGGGAAGCUCCCAGUUCUAAAGAGAGGCUGUUUACCAGAAGAGCAUAACAAGGGCAGGUCUGACUGCGAAGCUGGGGCUGGGAGGCAGAGCCGCGGCCAAGGGGACCCUGGUUGGACACUGGUUAUUCGAUCGCCUGCAGGAGGAAGGAGGCGAGGAUGCUGUUGGCCUGGGUACAAACAUUGCUUCUCUGCAACAUGCUUCUAGCAGAAGCCUAUGGAUCUGGAGGCUGCUUCUGGGACAACGGCCACCUGUACCGGGCGGACCAGCCCUCGCCUGCGCCGGGCCUCCGCUGCCUCAACUGGCCGGACGCACAGGGCGGCCUGGCGUCGGCCCCCGAGUCGGGCGCCGGCAACCACAACUACUGCCGAAACCCUGACCGGGACCCGCGCGGGCCCUGGUGCUACGUCAGUAGCGAGGCUGGCGUCCCUGAGAAGCGGCCUUGCGAGGACCUGCGCUGCCCAGAGACCACUUCCCAGGCCCUGCCAGCCUCCACAGUAGAAACUGAGGAGGCAUCUGAAAUGCCAGGUGAAGAUGAGGUGCAGGUGUUCGCCCCAGCCAACGCCCUGCCCGCCCGGAGUGAGGCGGCAGCUGUGCAGCCAGUGAUUGGGAUCAGCCAGCGGGUACGGAUGAAUGCCAAGGAGAAAAAGGACCUGGGAACUCUGGGCUAUGUGCUGGGCAUUACCAUGAUGGUGAUCAUCAUUGCCAUUGGAGCUGGCAUCAUCUUGGGCUACACCUACAAGAGGGGGAAGGAUUUGAAAGAGCAGCAUGAGCAGAAAGUGUGUGAGAGGGAGAUGCAGCGGAUCACCCUGCCCUUGUCUGCCUUCUCCAACCCCAGCUGUGAGAUCGUGGAUGAGAAGACUAUUGUGGUCCACGCCAGCCAGACUCCAGUAGACCCUCAGGAGGGCAGCAUCCCCCUUAUGGACCAGGCCGGCACUCCUGGGGCCUGAGCCCCACCAAUGGGCAGGAGCCCAUGCGGACACUGGUGCAGGACAGCCCACCCUCCUACAGCUGGGAGGAUCUACACUUUGUGUUGUGGUUAAAACCCUACCCCCACUUUUUUUUUUUCUUGGUGAAUCCUAAUAACUGAGAGAAGCAGGUGGUGCUGUGGGCUAAGGGCAAGGCUGGGUAGGCUCCUAACAAUGCUCUUCCAUCCCUUGGAGCAGGAUUUUGCUGGUGGAUGGAGACAGCAGUAGCUCCCCCUGAGGUCCUGCUGGCAAGGGCUUCCAAACAUUGCCUGUUUCCUUGGAACUGAACCAGGGACAGACAGGGAGCUCCCCAGGCUCCUCUGCGCUUUACUAUCUAAGUAAUGGCCUCAGUCUCCGUGGUGGGCUUGAGUGGCAUACACUGUUAUUCAUAGUUAAGGUCAAGCAGGUCAAGUGGCAGCAUUGAAAAAAUAUGUUUAGUUUUAAAAA